AGUUACUUCCGCUUAAUAGUUUAUAUUGACAACAGCUCCAGUUAGAACAUGUACAUGUAGCACAGAUUUACACUGAUUAUACACAAUGGUUCGGAUAACUGAAAACUUGGUUCGAAAGAAAGCUGAGCACAAUGACCUUGAAAUCUCAACAUUAGAGGAAGUAUCUUUACACCAACAAGAUAUAGAAAAAAUUGAGCAUUUAGACAAAUGGUGCAGGGAGCUAAAAAUUUUAUACUUACAAAGUAAUCUUAUUCCCAAAAUAGAAAAUGUUGGAAGGCUGAAAAAACUGGAGUACCUUAAUUUAGCAUUGAAUAAUGUGGAGAAAAUUGAAAAUCUCUCAGGUUGUGAGUCUUUACAGAAAUUGGAUUUAACAGUUAAUUUUGUUGGAGAAUUGACAAGCAUAGAAAAUUUAAAAGAUCUAGUUCAUUUCAGGGAAUUGUAUCUGACAGGUAACCCUUGUACUGAAUAUGAAGGUUACAGAGAAUAUGUUAUUACAACAUUACCACAUCUACAGAUGUUAGAUGGACAAGCUGUAGACAAAUCUGAAAGGAUUUUGGCAAAACAGGACUAUGCAGAAUUAAGAAGCAAAAUAAUAAGACAACAAGAAGCACACAGAAAGAAAAGGGAAAAACAAAAACAAGAGGCAAAACUGAAAGAAGAAAAGAAAGAACAGAAAGAAAAGAAUGAAAAGAAACCUGGAUUUGAUGGUAGAUGGUAUACUGAUAUAAAUGAAAGUGAUAAGAAGAAAACAGAAGACAGAGAAUUAGAAGAUGAUUCUCUAGAGAAACAGCAUCAAAAAGAUCAAGAGUUUUGGGAGGAAAAAACAGAAUUUACUCCAGAAUCAAGAAUUGAAGUCCAUAAACAGAUGGAAAAACAAAAAGCUCGAGAAAAUACAGAGAAGAAAGAAGAAGAAAAAGCUCCAAGAAGAUUGUUUGCAGAUGAUGGCCGACCUUUAAAUGUAAACGAGGCAAAAGUGGACUUUACACUGACUGAAGAUGAAGAAAAUAACCAGUUUCUCUUAGAUAUUGCAGUUUUUAAACAUAUGGAUACAUCACUUGUAGAUGUUGAUGUACAAACAAAUUAUGUAAAAGUUAUAAUGAAAGGGAAGAUAUUACAGUUAUGUAUGACAGAGGAUAUAAAUGCUGAUUCUAGUUCAGCAAAAAGAUCUCAGGUUACUGGUCAUUUAUUGAUCACAAUGCCAAAGGCUAAACCUCUCAUUAAACCAAAGCAUGUAAUUGUAAAUAAAGAAGAAAAUAAAGAAAAUAAUGUUCAAGAAAAAAGGAAAACUCACGAAAAACUGGAAGUUGACAAAAAGGCACACAAGACAGUUGACAUUGCUAAUAUUGUUACUCAAAAAAGUGAUAAAAUUGUACCACCAUUAGGGUCAAAAGUCAAACAGGCUGUUAAAGAACGACCAAACAGUGAUGACUUUGUUGAUGAUUUAGAUGUACCUCCCCUGGAGUGACCUCCCUUGGAGUGAAUUGUUGUAAAUUUUAACAAAGAAAAUGUGUUCAUCUUACAAAUUAGGCAACAAUUGAAUUCUUUCCUCUUUUUGCAAGCUUGAAUAAGUUUCAAAAUAAAUCAUGUUUCAAAAGUUACUUUUGCAAAAAACAGGUAUCUUGGUAUAUCAAGUUUGAAUAUAUAAUUUUCUGAAUUAAUGAAAGUUUAUGGUAGCAGUGUCUUUAGUAUAUAAAAUAUACAAAAUCACACUUUAAUUAUUUAUGAUCUUUAAACUGACCUAGGGAUGCUAACCUGGCAGCAACAGUGGUGUGGUAUAAGGCCAUAAGCUGUGAAUAAAGCUUCAUAUUUCAGAGGGUAUAGGAGCUGAAUAAUUUAUAUCUGGUAUACACAUGCCUGAUGAUCUGGCAUAUGUUCCUUGUUCUUGACCUCUUUCACAUGGUUAGUUGACCACUUAAAAUACUACAGCUUUUUAUCACCUGUUUUAGACUAAUAGGGCUACAAUAUUUGGUAUAUAGGUUCAUUGCAAAGUAUACAUGUCUGUCAGGGUUCACCUGACCUUGACCUCAUAUCAUGUUCAGCGUUCAACAUUUAGUUAACAUGAUAAGGUCCUUUUAUUAGAUAUUAUAAGAAACAGGUCGGCUAUUUUGGGUGUAUAAAAUGAUUGUGUUUAUAGAUUAUGUCUGUCUAACAGGAUUCAUCUGACCCUGACCUCAUUUCAUGGUUCAUUUGUCAAAACUAAGUUCUGUGGUUAGGAUCGUUUCUCAGAUACUAUAACUAAUAGGUCAACUAUGUUAGGUGUAUAAAAUGAUUGUAAGGUGUACAUGUCUGUCUAACAGGGUUCAUCUGACCUUGACCUCAUUAUCAUGGUUCAUUGGUCAACAUUAAGUUCUACGAUAAGGUCUUUUUCUAAGAUACCUCACGUAAUAUGUCAAAUAUAUUGAGUGAAUAGAAUGGUUGUAAGUUGUACAUGUCUGUCUGGCAGGGUUCAUCUGACAUUGAUCUCAUUUUUUAUGUAUCAUUGAUAAUGUUUUAAAGUUUAUAUUAUACCUGUAGUCUUGAUCUUAAAGACUUUCAAAAUAAAAUUCAAUCAUAAUUAGUUAAGCAGGCAAGCUAUUUCUACAAAUGCCAAUUUGUGUUUACUUUUUUAUUUCCUACAGAUAAUUUGUUCACAUAUAAUUAAGGUUACCUUAGCUAUCAAUUGAAAUCAUUUAGCAGCUCGAUUAUUUUCAAACCAAUCAUGAAGGGAAGUGAGAUGCAUAUCAUGUAAAUGAUCCAAAGACGAAAUUAGUUACAUUUAAAAUAUAAAAGGUAAACCUGUAUGAAUUCUGUUUUUUACCAAAAUAUGUUUAAAAACAGGAUUAUACUUUAAAUCAUAUUAAAAAUCUAAAAGGAAUUUUCAAAAUAUAUGUUCAUAUGUAAAUGUGUACUUAAUAAGAAAAAAAUGCAUAGUUCUUCAUUAUUUCCGUGUUAAACAAAUUUGGGGGAUUUAAUUUCAAUUUUUAUCCAGAUUUGGUUAGAGGUCUGAUUUUACCUUAUUGACCAAUACUUUCUAGAUAUGGCAAUAUACAUUUAUCAAAACUGAAAUAUUAUCUGAGGAGCUAAUUCGGAUUUUAUUUAUUGUUUUUAAAAUCAACAAUUUACAUGUGUUAUUAUUGAAUGCCGUCCAAUAAUUACCAGAGAAUGUUGAACUCAAAUUGUUAUAUUUAUUAGAUGUUUUUGGCAUGUAUUUUACCUAUAAUAAACUUGAAAUACAGA